AUGGCGGGCUCUGCAGGUCCCGGUCGGGCCGGUUCGGGCCUCUGGUCUUCAGUGCUGUUCCUGCUGCUGGUGAUAGAGCUAAACGGGCCGGUGUGUGCUGUGUCCGAACCCGGGAAAUGGGUCCUGAAUGUCGACAGCGUGAGUUUCCUGACCCAGGGAUGGUGGUUUUGGCGUACCAAUGAGGCUGUUUCUUCUUUAAAUGAAUGUGUCAUGUGUUUUACGGGAUUAAAGUGGAGCUUUGUAGGAUUUCUGCAAGUUCGGGAGGUCUAAAGCUGCUAUUUGAUCUCUGCGUCAGAAACAUGAAAACAGCGUUAGCCCUCUAGGACAGGUUCGGACAGGUGUGACCCAUUUUAUCCUGGUAUGCACUUAAACAAGGGGGCAGAUAUUGAUCCUAGCUGUUGCCUCUGUCAGCAUAGAAAUAAAUGGAUCACUUAAGUUUGCUUUAGUUCUUCAUUUUAGAUACAUAAGCGUGGUAGAACGGGACACAACCGAAGUGAAGUUACGGUCCAAAGCUGCCUCAUUCUUACGUUUUAAAGUUGGACAAUAAAAUAAUGAAUAAUAACCCAAAGUUUUUUUUGAAGAGUAAGGACUGUGGAGUAUUAUCUGACUGGAUCUGAUCUUUGUUUGUCUCGAAUAAACAUAAAGUCUAAUUAUUAUGUAAAGAGCAAAAUCAACAAAAAUCAACGUGAAUAAACAAACAUGAAAAUGACAGAUUCAUGAUCACACUCUACUGAGUUACUGUUUGAGCUCCUUUGUUUCAUUUCUAUCCAUUAGUAAACUUCAUUUGAAUUUAGCAACAUUAUUACACGGACUCUUAUUUACUUUAGCAGAAUACAUCCUCUUGGUUUCUUACUCUUCUUCCAGUCCUAUAAAAUCAAGAUGGUUUAAUUGUUUGUCCCACUUGAUACCACUUUUAAUGUUUUAUAACUUUAAAAAAAUAAAGAAAUAAAUGGAAUUUUUUGUGUGUGUGCUGUUGUAAAAAAGAGCCAGUUUGUAAAAUCGAUGAUUGGGGGCAUGUCUUUACACUCAUUUCCAUCUCAUGUUGUAACUGUAGAAAGUCUCCCUGUGCAUUGGUUCCUCUUUGUACGUUGGAACAGGAAACUGUUCCUCCUACUGUUUUUCCUCACCAGUUUUUCAUUUAGAGACAUCAUCAUGUGUAAAUAAAGAGUCAUUAUUUGAAAAUAAGUCGCACAGGAUAGAGAUUUUCUUUUUUUUGAUUGAUUGAUCUUUAUUUUCGAGGCUAUGAGAGUAAAGGCAAAUUGUGUAUAUAUCCUUGAGUGAUCAUCUGGAAACUAAGAUUCACUGUUUCUAUCUCGGUUGGUCCAUUUGUUGUGACAGUAUUUGUCUUUUUGUGUUGUUCCAGGAAACCCUGAAGAAGCAGACCCUCUUCUUCUUCACUAAAACUCUGUUCAACAACAGCUACAUCCACCUCCAAUGUAAGGACUCUUUUCCUUCUUUCUUUCAAAUACUUUUUAAGGUGUUUUUCAAUCAAAAAUACCAGUAAUCUCUCUUUCAGUAGCAAAAUGGUUCCUGUGGACUGCUGUUUCUGUAAUUCCACUGCAGCCUGAAUAAAGAGAAAUAGUUAUUUUGUAAAUGAAGUCACCCUCUCAGCUCUAUUUGAGUCCCUGUAAAGUUGUGUUAUGCAUAAAUAAAAUUUGAAUUCGAAUAAAAUAACUUCAGGUUAUGGAAAUUAUCUGCUCUUGUGAGCUCUCCCUUUCAUACCUUGAUCUAGUCAUCCCCGCUCUCUGCUCACAUGGUAAAUGAAGUACCCCUUUUCAUGUAAAAGAAGUUUGCUUCCAGAAAAGACCUUUUGAGGAGCUCUUUGCAUUCUGACAGCAGGAAACUGGUUUUCAAUUUAGUCCUUUAGAGAAUUCAUGGUCUGAAUGUGAUUUCUUUUACAUCAAAAAAUAGGUCCUUAAUUUACAUAUAAACUACGUGACUGUGAGCGUGCACAGAACGACACAUGAAGAAAAAGAGGAGGAGGGAUAAGUUAGUGGUUUUUAACCCACAUAGUGUGAUGUCAUCAGUAAAACUAUACAUGAAUUAUGAUGGUGGUAUGACCCAUUUUUUCUGUCACAUGAUGCCUUCAGGUGUUAAAACUGUUUUCAUCGGUUGGCUUUAUCAGGAGACUGUCUUGUUUGCAUUAUAAGCCAGUGCUUAAUUUACAAACAAAUAUGUAAAAACAAAUAUAGAGAAAGGCUCAUGGUUAGAGGAACCAAGAGUGUGACCGUACAGGAGCAAACAUUACUUGUAUCCUGAUGUUAUGCAAUAAUUAAGACAGAUGAGCUUUUACCAACAUGGUUUGUGAGAACAGAGGCUCAGAUAAGAGCUGUGUCGAUUACUCAUCUACCUCAUAACUGUCUCUUGGCCGACUGCAUGAUCUACCUGCAACUUCAGGCCCCCAGAGAGGUGCAGACAACAGUGGGCCAAGAAACCAUUUAUUCCCUUAAACAGAAGUUUGUCUACACCAUUCCCCCCAAAGUUCCUGGACCUUUGGAAACUACCAUCACUUGUGCAAGGACUUUUCAAGGGGUGAAUGGAUCACCCCAGAACUACAUGUGGACCCUGGUUCCUGAUAUCAAGAUGUGCAGAGUUCCUUAAAAGGUCCCUUGCUUCUGCUGUCAAAAAGCACCUUUAACAAAAAAUGAAAUCCUCUUCCUGUCAGAGGUUUUUAGAGCUUGAUUUAUUGCUGUAAUUUGGAGCUCCCUGUCUGGAGAUUGUACCUUAUUUUUUAUACAUUUUGAUCUCAGUCUUACUUUAAUCCCCUCUGUAGUUUUCUGUCUGACAGUCGAGGACAUUUUUUUUCUUUGGUCUCUUCAGAUGUUGUCCAACACAGACUGAAUUUUACUCGUUUUACACCUGCAAAUGCCAUUUCACAACUACCUGUUCUUAGUGAAUGACUGUUUAUUUGUGCUUUUUGAUGUCUAGUGGUGUCAGAAACCUGCAACACCUCGGCUCCAGUCCAGCUGGAUGUGUCCUGGUAUCUGAGGAACUCUCACUGCUACGAUGAAGUUAGCAACCUGGACGUAAGACAAAUUUGAUAAUAAAACCUCAAAUCAAAGUGAAACCAUAUCUGUUGUUAUGAAGGCUGCAGCUCACCACUCAUUAAUUAAAUCUGCAGGUUGAUCUAUUGAGUCAGUUUUUCCCAUCACAUGCAUGUAUUUAGUGGUCUACAAAGUUAUGUACAAUGGAGACCAAUGUGCAAAAUUUGCAAAAGUCACAUCAGCUGUUUCUCUGCAGACACAACGCGCACAGAGCUACUUCAGGUCAAGUGAGGUCAAACCUGGAGGAGGGAGUGGAUACUUCAUGUUUCAUGAUUAUCCUUCCAUCAGCUGCCAGCAGCACAUGAAUCCCAACACGGUAUCAGACACACACACACACACUCAGUGGAAACACUGACAAACUGUGCAAACGCAUCCUGAUUAAAAGAGAACAAAGCAUGUGAUUGUGUAUUUUAAUGGGUGUGUUUGUUUUCUCACUCAGUUCGGCCUGGAUACCUUUCAGCCGGAGAUUCAUCUGAAGGAGCUGCCUUCAGAUGAAAAGGAAAAGGUGAGAUAAACCUCCUGAUUCUGACCAGAGGGAAUAAUGAUGCGUUCGAGUUAUCCUGGAAGUCAGAGGUCCAAGCUGUAAAUGACGUCACACCCGAGUUACCAGCUUUCAGUUACCAAGUCAGAAAAAAGCAAAAUCGGAGGUGGAAAUAAGAUGGCUGCAUCUAUGAAAGUUAUUUUAGCACUUGCCUUGUCAAGGCAAGUGCUAAAAUAAUAUUUAAAAAAUAUAUAUUUAAAAAAAUAUUUAGAAAAAUAUUUAAAAACAUUUGCAAAACACAUUUUUGUUUAUCAAAACCCAAAAUAUCUUAUGAAUAGUUUUAGUAUUUUGCAGAAAAGUUUUGCAUUUAAUCAAAUAUUUUGGGGGCUCACAAAAUUUUUCUACUGUGCAUGAUGGGAAAUGUACAAAUUUCUUCCCCGUGAUGUUUUUGCACGAUCAACAGGUGUAUCCUCUGAUAAAGGUCCUCAAAUUUUUUGUUGUUGGACCACAAUUGUUGUUGGUCAGAUAAGGUGGCAGUAUUGUUUACAGUAUAGGUUCAAGUCUCUCAUAUCUACAUUUUCUUUUCCAGCCAUCGACAGCAAAGACGCCGGGCGGGAGGAGGAGGAGAGAGGUGAAUCCUCCUCCGCCAAAGGUGUGCAGAUACUUAUCAGUCCUGGUUGAGCAGAACAGGAAUUACAGCAUAUUUCAAACAGAAUAACCUGUCUAGAGCUGGAGUGAGCUAAACAAAAAGUCAAACCUGGAUAAGUGACAUCUCCAUUUAAUUGGGGAAAAAGCAGAGUGUCCAAUCAUGACUUUGUUUACAGCGGAAAAAGUCUUAGUCUUAAUAAUUUCCAAAAGUUUUUUAUUUUGGCUGUUUUUUGUUUUUUUUAAAUGCAUUUUGAUGUUGAGUUGUGGUUGUUUGACUGUUUUCAUGUCUCUCAGGCUGCUCCAGCCAAGAAGGAAGGAGAGGACGCUGCUCCAGCAGGAACCGAGAAGUCUGCAGCUCCUCCAAAAGAGGUGGGUUCUCUUGAUGUUGGUAUUGUUGCGCUGUCACGAGAUGCAGCUGUGCCUGACGUUACUCUGACGCUGUAAAGGAGCAAUUUCUCAUUUUGCAUACACCCCUCCACUGUCUUUGCGUCAUGACAGUGUGUCUCCCUCAAACCUUGGUGGAAGGAGCAAGGAAGCAAGGAAAUGAUACAAGUGAAGGACCAAUUAGCGAAAUAAGGAGACAGCACAUUACUUCACCUUUGUAGAUGCAUCCUUGUCUCUAGAGCAAGAUAUGCUUCAAGCUGCCAUGGUAGUGACUUGCCAAUCAUAGGUAGCAACACCCUUUGGCGUAUUGUUCUUUUAAUGGGACCGAAAAUGAGCAUUAGGCUUUAAUUGGAAAGAGUGGAUCGCCCCCUGCUGGCUGUUAGACACAAUGCAGGAUUAAAAAGAUGGAACUUUGGGGCUACAUCCACUGCGCAGCCUGUGGGAACCACAGACCAAAUUUUUACUUCAAACAUAUUAUGACUUCUUGGACUGAAUGUUUCCGUCCUAAAUUGUGGGAGUGUAAAAUUGUAUUUUCUGGAUUGUGGAGUCUUAACUUUGACAGAUGAAACAAAGUCCAUAAUCUCUGAUGUGAUUUGUUGUUGCUCAGGUCGCUCCUCCUCCUCCUCCUGCUCCUCCUCUUCCUGCUCACUUAGAUGUUGUGGCCAAGAGCUGGGAGGACGGACCCUACAUGUUCAUCCUGAGCAUCACAGAAAACAAAGACUCAAAGAGCCGAGCCUCGGAGCAUGCUAACGCCGCUAGCAAUGCUAACCCUCCUGCACCCUGGAGUCUGCAGCGUGAGUUCGGGUGUUGAUGGAAACUUAUAAUAAGACAUGAAAUGAUCACAAAUGAUGUUACAAUCCUGAUAAUAAUGGCAAUUUCAGCCUGAAACCCCUGUAGAGGGUUUGAUCCCUGUAAAAAUGAGUCCUUCAGUGGAACCAGAUCCAACGUCUGCCUCACAAACACACCUGGAAAUGCAAAUCACAUGACCAUAUAGGGAUAGCAGGCCUGCACAUGUGUGUAUAACAACAGCACAUACAGAAGUGGUGUAAAAAUGCAGGACAGACUUUGAAACAGCAGCAAACAAAGACAACAAGGUCAGCAGCACCUGUGGGGAAAUCUUUUUCCAGUUAAGCGCAGUAACUCAAGUCUGACAUUUCCUGCAGUUAUGAUCAUCAUCAGAUCAAAAAGACCUUGUCAGGAAGUGAAAGUGGGUCUCUCCGUCAUAGUUUCCAAAAGUCUGUUUCCAAACCCAAUUUUUUAAAUGAAGUAUGUUAGUGUCAUCUCUGAAGCUCUGUUUUAAGAGCUGUAACGUAUGAGAGGAGUAAAGACUCUAGUUUAUAUGUAGUAACAGUGAUACACACACCAAUUAAACACCUGCUGUAGCUUCAGAGGGAUCACCAUGUUAGCUGUAGGUCAACAGCAGUCUGAUGUGUCCUCUUUGUGUUUACAGUUCAGAUCAGCAUGAAGGGUCCUCAUGACUACAUAUCAGCCUCUGAAUGGCCUCUGAUGGUGGUAAGAGCACAAAAGAACACUUCAACUUUCAGGACCAGAAACCAGACCCUCCACAUUCAAAACUCUGAAACCAACAUUUGUUCAUGCUUCUUUGAAUCAUUGACCCUAUGUAAGGUCUGCAGGUCCAAACUCUGUCCACGUAAUUAAAGCAUUAGUGUUUUUUUAAAACGUCAGCGGCACUAAUGUCUUUCAGAUCAUGGACAGCACUCCUAGUUUGGACGUUACCUGCAGAUUCUCUUUCACUGUAAGAAGGUGACUCUGCCUCUCUCUCUGUUCUGUGUGCAGUUCUACAUGGUCAUGUGUAUUGUGUACGUCCUGCUUGCCGUGCUCUGGCUCGUUCUGUCAGCGUGUUACUGGAGGGAUCUGCUCAGGAUCCAGUUUUGGAUCGGAGGAGUCAUCUUCCUGGGCAUGUUGGAGAAAGCCGUUUACUAUGCUGAGUUCCAGAGUAUCAGAUACGACGGCCUGUCAGGUAGGUGGACACACAGAAAGGGUUUUUAUGGGCAGACACAGCAUCAGAAUCAGGCAGUGAUGGUUUGUUUGACGUGUCCUCCAUCAGUUCAUGGGGCCGUGGUGUUUGCUGAGGUGCUCUCUGCUGUGAAGAGGACUCUGGCCCGGGUGUUGGUGAUCAUCGCCAGUCUGGGAUAUGGCAUCGUCAAGUAAGCAGAUUGAUUUUGAAAUUUUACUUUUGUAAAGUCUGCAGCAUGAUACAGUUUCAAACAGGCAGAGACAGCCAUGAGUCCUGCUGCCAUAAAACCACCAUAAAGGCUGAGAUCUUUUUGCAAGACAUGCAGAGAGUUUUCCUAGACUGGCAGAGCUUCACAUGAAUAUGUCUGUGUGCUGUACCAGUGACAUUUGAGUAGAGCUGAGUGAUUAAUUGCAUUUGCGAUUAUAUUGCGUUAUGAUAAAACGUGAUUUUUUUUACCCGCAAAGAUUGUGAUUUUGACCGGUCACGUGAUCUGGACACAUGACUUGCAAGCGAGUGGAGCGUAGCAGAGCAGGUAGAGAGAGAAGUCAACACUGAACUCUGUCGCACGAUGGUCGAAUUCUGCUACAGAAGCUGACACUGCAGAAAGUUUAGUACCAAAGAGAGGCAGCACAGCAGUUGUGUGGAUUUAUUUUGCAAAAAAAAAAAAGAUGCUGCUGCUCAACGUGUGCAGAACCUGUCGUGCUACUGUUGCUACAUCAGGAGGCAACACUGUGAACCUUUAUUAACACUUAAAGAAAAAAACGCUACUAAACCAUGUACGAGAGUAGAAAAGCUAAAACACAAGCGACCAGCGCUUUAACUUCAAACCACGUCUGCGUAAUGACAGAAAACACAUCCAAUACCGUGAUGGCAGAACAGCUGAAUGAAUGUACCCGACUCUAGGGUUUUGGGCCCCAUUACAUCUUGCCAUCGGUGUAGAUUAGUAUCAUGACAUAUAUAAUGGUGUGUGUGUGUGUGUGUGUGUGUGUGUGUGUGUGUGUGUGUGUGUGUGUGUGUGUGUGUGUGUGUGUGUGUGUGUGUGUGAAAUGAUAACUGCCAGAAAGAGCUAUUUAUGUAUAAUUGAUGUAAUAUUGUUUACUAUAAUACAGAUUUAUUUAUUGUUGUGUUGAAAAAUACCUAAAGAGGACCUAAAAAUCGCAUAUUAAAUUGCAAUAUUGAGAAAAAACAUUUUUUGAUUAUUUUCCAGAAACGUUCAGCCCUACAUUUGAGUGUUUGCUUUCUCCCGAUUGUGACCCAGUUGUACUCCUGACUGACUCCUAGUCAUAUGAACAUGUGUAUUUUUCUCAAAAGUAUAAAGAAGACUGGUGUGAAAAAUGUAAAAGAGAGAUCAAAACAACUUUCAGAAGUUAUCAGAGACUGUAAAAGGACUGCAUCAGUGAAAAAUGACCCACUUCUGUUCUGGUCUCCCUCCAGGCCCAGACUUGGUGCAUUGCUUCACAGAGUUGUCGGUGUGGGUCUGCUCUACUUGAUCUUCUCUAUUGUGGAGGGAAUCCUCAGAGUCAACGCUGUGAGUCAUGACACUCUUUUCUGUGUGUGUGUGUGUGUGUGUGUGUGUGUGUGUGUGUGUGUGUGUGUGUGUGUGUGUGUGUGUGUGUGUGUGUGUGUGUGUGUGUGUGUGUGUGUGUGUGUGAGUGAGUGAGUGACUGAGUGAGUGAGUGACUGAGUGAGUGAGUGACUGAGAGAAGGUGUGAAUAUCUAACCGGUUUGUCCCUUCAGGACCAAGGUGACCAAAGCAGCGUCAAACUCACAGAGAUAGUGCUGGCCUUCAUUGACUCCUGUGCUUUCUGGUGGAUAUCCUUUAAACAUGCACAUGCACACACUCACCUGAAAAUGCACCUUCAUCAUUUCUAAACAGGAUAGAGCAGCUAAAUCGUGGAUCCAGCACCAAGUAUUUAAGUCUCACACUUAUGCCACAGUACAAUAAAAAUGCAGUGUGCCGGAGCAAGUAUAGGUGCACUACUUUUCCCAUAAUGCAGUUUUUCACCCAAGGAAAAUGCAAAACUGUCAGUGAUAGUGCAAAGUCAGUAAACUGUGUGAACUGAUUCGAUCCAAACUUGAUGUGGGAUCUUGAAACAGCUUUCAUUUGAUGUAUGUUAGCCUCAGACAGCAGCAACAUUUCACCAUCUUAAUGAAGACCUGAGUCCAGCUGUUGAUGCUGCCCUCUGUGAUAUCUCUGAGCUGUAUGUAAAUAUGCGGUCCAAAGUGCACCUAAGGCAUGUCUUCUUUCAGUUUUAGUGGUUGCACAGCCUUUUGUUAAGGAGAGAAACAGCCACAGGUGCAAAGAGGUGAUUUUCAGUCUUCACAUUGAUGCUCCUGUGAGGAGGUUUUGGUUUGUCUCAGGGUUUGCUAACUUCCUUUUCUCUUUGCUGCAUGUUGGUGUCUUUUGUAAGUUCUCUUCCUGCUGGGUUUAAACAGUGUAAGGUAUCGCCCAAUGCGAAUAUUUGCAUGUAAAAUGUGAAUAUUUGCAUGAAAAAUGGGGACUGUUUUUUCUAUGAGGGCUUCUCUCACACCUUCUACAUGUUAAAAAAAAUACAUGAAAAUGGACCGAAUCUAAUCCCCUAAUCCCACUGUUUUUACCAAAGCUUAAUCCCACCUGGAACCUACAGAAAAACAAACACAAAGUCCUUUAUGGCUCUUUUUGUUGUGUACUGUGUUUCCUUUAUUUCCUCUCUGAUCCCUCUCUUUCCCUUUGACUCCCACUGUCACCUCUCCUCCAUCUUCAUCCUCCUCCUCCUGUACUUGUCCUCCAAUCAUUUACCCUCUUUUCCAAACUCCCCUCCUUAACUCCUCCUUCCCCUCUUCCAUGAUUUUAUCCAUCUCUCCUCUCCUGUUGUCCUUUUUCCCUCUUAAGGCUGAAGACGAUGUAGUUCUCCUGGCUGCUAUUCCUCUGGCUGUACUCGACUCUACCCUCUGCUGGUGGAUAUCCGCUAUUGCAUCUUUCCUUUAGUACAUCCCACUCUGUCUGCUCUACUUUUCCUUUUGUCCUGUAAAGUUGCUGUGAAGUAAAAGGCCUCGGACCAUUUGUGCAAAGGUUUAAAAACCAUUCAAAUCAGUUCCUAGGCAGUCAAGAACAAACAGAUUGAGACCAUAAGAAAUGUUAGUUUUAGUUUAUGUCUCUUCCUUCAUCAAACCUUAAUCACUGUAAAUAUUUUAGCAUGAAUUCACAGGCCUUACUUCUUGAUUUUGUGGUAAUAAUUGCAAUAGAUUACCUUAUGGAAAGUGUCAGAUACAGUUAGAUAAAUGUCUAAGUCUCAGCUAUUACUGAUUAUUUUACUGGUUGCUGUUUUUCCUUGAUUGUUGCAUUACAUCUUUGUGAGUCUGGCUCAGACUAUGAAGCUGCUGAAGCUGAGGAGGAACGUGGUGAAGCUCUCUCUCUACAGACACUUCACUAACACGCUCAUUUUUGCUGUCAUAGGUAAGAAAAACACUCUGAGAUAGAUGCUUCAUAUUAACUGGUAAGCAUAAUCACAAUUUAAAGGCCCUGAAUGUGUUUAAUUUCCUUUUUUCAGCAUCAAUUAUCUUCAUCAUUUGGACCACCAAGACUUUCAGGAUAAGCAGGUGCCGGUCUGUAAGUAGUUUGUCUGUAUGCCCAUUUGCCCCCUUCCCCCCAUUUUUAAGAAGGUGGAAAGCAGGGGGAGAGAGACCAGCACCAUCUUCAUAUGUUUUGUGGCCAGAAGUUACCAUAUUUGGACAAAAGGGUGGAGCUUGGUGUGAUGAAACUUGCAACAAGUCUAUCCAGAGUGACAGGUCAGGAAAGUCUUGCACAGAUUGCCCCGCCUCGAAUCCUGUCCUGCUAUGUUAUCAUUUUUUUUAUAACAGUAAUAAUUGUACAUUUAGUUUAUGCACCAUAAGCACCUUUUCAUAAAGGAUAGAAGUAAAUAGUAAAAAAGAUUCAAGAAGUUCAAGAUGUAAGUUUUUCAAAAGAGAGUGACAGUCAGGGUGAGUAUGCUCGUUUAAACAGACAGGUUUUCAGGUGUGAUUUAAAAAUAGUUGAUGUGUUGAUGUUAUGGUUGUCCAAUGGAAGGAAGUUCCAGAGGCAGGGGUCAGAGCGGCUGAGGGAUCAUGACCCCAUGGUGGUCAUACAAGCAGGAGGGAUAGUGAGGAUGAUGGAGGAUGAAUAAAUAAAGACUGCAAUUUAGAAAAUGACUGUAUUUAAGAAGACCUGGAACUGAAGAUAGUGAACAGUCGCCCCUUCUGGCCUUCAGGGGCAAUGCAGGUCCGCAACACAUACUUAAAGCAUUAUGAGAUGAACAUUGAGUUGAAAUAUGAGAAAUGUUGAUCUCCAAGUCACUCACAAGUAGGUGAAAUUACUGUGCAACACCUUGGAUUAACUCAGAGUUUACCAAAGAGAAACAUCAAAAUUAAAUAACAUAAAUAAUAUUUGUUGCAGCUGAAAAAGGAGCUGAUUAAUUCUCUCAGACUUUUCCUUUUCCUUGAUGUGAAAUUCUCAUCUACAUGUUGAACAGACGUCUGUCUUUGAAUGAUUCCCUAAACUCAGAUGGUGAGAUAUUCAGGCCAGCAGGGAGAGAAGUUUCUCAUCUUCAGCCUUUUUUCCCCUCUUAAAUGAACAUCUUGAAUGCUUUUGAAGUGUCUUCAUUAAAAUGUCUCUGUGUCUGUAGGACUGGAGGGAGCUGUGGAUAGUUGACGCCUUCUGGCGCUUCUUGUUUUCCAUCAUUUUAUUGGUCAUCAUGUUCCUAUGGCGACCAUCAGCCAAUAACCAGAGGUAUAGGGGAUGUCAGGGCUGUCUUUUUAAACAUUUUUUGUCUGGUUAAUUGAAGAUGAAGUCAGCAUGUGUGUCUGUGUGUAUCAGGUAUGCUUUCAGUCCUCUGCUGGAUGAAGAGAAUGAUGAAGAGGAGAAGGAGCCCAUGAUGAACGAGGCUUUUGGUUAGAAACUUUCCUUCCUUCCUUCCUUCCUUCCUUCCUUCCUUCCCUCCUUUCUCCUGCCACUUUGUUUUCUGACAAGUUUCUUUCUUCCAUCCCUUUGUUUGUUUGUUCUGUCUCUUCACCAUCCUCACUAAGUUAGUCACGUUUUUAAUCAGUUAAUCUGUUUUUCAUUUCAUUUGUUGAUCACACAGCUGGGAUGGUGGAAUUUGUUUUCAGUAAAGCUCUUUUGGUCCAGGUUCCAGCAAGAAACAUUAAAACUUUAAACAUAACACAGACAAACACAUUUUAUAAUGUUAGUUGAUGAGGUAAGAAAUGAGCCAGUUAGGUAGCAGGUUAGUUUGGAGGUUAAUCAGGUUAUUAUUUUUUUCAGUGCUUUAGUAACUCUUGCAUUGUUCAGCCUUUCUGUAGGUUAGUUAGUUUGUAUGUUAGUAAGACUAACAGGGUCAGAGACUCAAUUCAUAUUUAAGUGGCCUUUAGUCUUUCAAUUGGUCAGUCAACUAGUUUGUCAUUUUGGCCGUCUGUUGAGUCAAUCCUUCAGUUAGUGUGUCAGUUACUCUGUUGGUCUGUCAGUUGAUUCUUGGGUGAGUCGACUAGUUAGCCUGUUGAUAAGCUGCUUGGUGAACCAGCUACGAGGUGUAUGUAAGCCUCUUAUUUGACCCAUUGGUUUGUUUCAAUUAGUUUCUUGGUGAAGCUGUACAUGUAAGGUAGUCUCUAUUAGUUGACCUGCUAGUUUGUUUUAGAUACUAAGUUAACAUGAAAGGAUGAGUCAGGCUCUUGGUUAACCUGUAUGUGUUUGUUAUACAGUAUUUGUCUUAGUUAACCUGUUAGUGUUAGUUGGGCUCUUUGUUAACCUGUGAGUUUUAGUGAGUGUCUUUGUUAACCUGUUAGUGUUAGUAAGUCUCUUGGUUAACCUGUUAAUGUUAGAUAGGCUCUAUGUUAAACCUGUUAGUGUUAGUUAGGCUCUAAGUUAACCUGUUAGUGUUAUUAAGGUUCUUAGUUAACUUGUUAGUGUUAAUUAGACUUUAAAUGAACCUUUAAGUGUUAUUAAGGUUCUUAGUUAACUUGUUGGUCUUAGUUAGUUUCUUUGUUAACUUGUUGGUGUAAGUAAGUGUCUUAGUAAACAUGUUAAUGUUAGUAAGGUUCUUAGUUACCUGCUAGUGUUAAUUAGGCUUUAGGUGUACCUGUUAGUGUUAGUUAGGCUCUUAGUGAACCUGUUAGAGUUAGUAAGGGUCUUAGUGAACCUGUUAGAGUUAGUAAGGGUCUUAGUGAACCUGUUAGAGUUAGUAAGGGUCUUAGUGAACCGGUUAUUUUUAGUUAGUUAUGUAGUUACCCUGUUAGUGUUAGUUUGUCUCUUAGUUAACCUGUUAGUGUUAAUUAGGCUUAAAGUUAACCUGUUAUUGUUAGUUUGGUUCUAACUUAACCUGUUAGUAUUAGUUAAUCUCUUAGUUCAUAUGUUGGUGUUAGUUCAUCUUCAAGAUAAGCUGUUGGUUAGACUUUUGGUUAGUUCUUUAGUCAGUCUGUUUUGUAGUUCUAUCCUCAGCCCCUCAUUUAGUCUGGUCAGUCCAUUAAUGAAUCCUAGUUAGUUUUUUGGUUGACCUGUAAGUUGGUAUCUUGCAGUAGUUUGUUUAUCACUCAGUCCUUUGAUUAGUCUGUUAUUAUUAUUUUUAAUCUAGUUAGUUAGCUAGUCUAUCACUUAGUCUUUUGGUUUGUUAGUUUGUCUGUUAGCCUUUUAGUUGGUUGUCCGCUGGUCUCAGUCCUUCAGUUCAUCUGUUGUCUAGUUGUGUGCUGUUAUUAGUUGGUUAGUUGGUUUUUUUUUUUGGUCAUCUUUAUUUCAUUUUCCCUUUUUACUUAUUCAGUCAGUUCUACUGCUUGUUAGUUUGUUAAUCUGUUGGUCAGUCACUUUAACAUCUCUUUGAUCAUUAUUGUUAGUUGGCCUGGAUAGUAGUCAUUGGAUUGGUCAUUUAGUUUGUCAGUUAAUCAACCAACUAGUUUGUUGUCUGUCUUAAAUGUUUUUGUUUUUUGUCAACAUCAGAAGAGGAAGCAUGUCCAGUAUCAUUUUUUUGUGGUACAUCCAUCACAGAAUAAUGUGAGUGUGUUUUAUAUAUAUGUAAUUUAUAUGUGUGUGUGUGUGUGUGUGUGUGUGUGUGUGUGUGUGUGUGUGUGUGUGUGUGUGUGUGUGUGUGUGUGUGUGUGUGUGUGUGUGUGUGUGUGUGUGUGUGUGCGCGUGUGUGUGUGUGUUUUCUCUGUGUGUGUGUCUGCAGAGGGGAUGAAAAUGAGGGGGAUGAAAAACGAGAACAAUGGGACAGCCAAAGCCAACAAAGUGGUGAGUGACAGUCGAAUGCUCUCAGCUCAGAGGAACGAAAAAACCCAGUUAUUUUUUACAGCCUGAGGGGCGGAGCAUCCAGAAUUUGUCAUGUGUUUUUGCCACUUUGCAUGGGAUCGCAAGAGAGUGAGCUCAUGCUUUGAGAAGUUACUGAACACAACAUGAGAAUGGUCCGUACAUCAAGCUGGCAUCAGUUUAAUUUGAGCUUGAGAAUUUUCUAUCAGCUGUCUGGACAGGUAGAUAUCUGCUGCCAUGAACUUCACUAAAAAUAGGGAUGUGCACUUCUGCACUGCAUAAUCUCUAUCUUUAGGCAACAGUUUGAUUCAGGGGUCAAUAAAAUCCAAAAAGUGAUGCGGUCUCAUCCCAUGUGAAUAAAUAAUUGAUGGGGACAUUAAAAAUCCAGGCAUUUUCAAAGCCCUGCAAGAAAUGAUAAAUUAUGCGUACAAAGGACCUGUUUCUGGUACUUUUGCUGUUAGGUGGGUAACUUUAGCAACAUGGCGGAUAAAUAUUUGAACCAAAAUAGUCUGAUGAUUAAAAACUGUUUUCUACAACAAUGGCUGAAGACUGGUAGAGUUGUAUUCAGGCUAUAAAUCAUUGAACCUGAUUUAAAAAUAAAUAAACAGUAAUUUGACUUUGAAUUUUGUUCUGGUCUACUCUUCCAGUUUGUACAUAUCAUGGUCUAAAUAAAAUGUACCAUAACAAAUAUGUAUCACAAAAGAACCUAACUUAAUAUCUUGGUCUGUAAAAAAACAUGCUUAGCUGGUGAUUUUUUUAGAUCAAUCAUGUUCAUACGAGCACCUAAAGAUCUCAAUCAAGUAUGUCUUUACUUGUAUUAUAGAAAACUACCAGUGAUACAUCUGUGCCUUAAUAACACUGUAUGCCCUUUUAGAUUAUUUUUUCAUAUUGCAGCAUUUUGCCCCAAAAUAUCUUUGUCAGUCAAAAGUUGUUAAAGCGAUGAGUUUUCUGAACAGGACGUUGUUCUUCUCUCAGGAUGAGGAUCUGAAGUGGGUGGAGGAGAACAUCCCCUCGUCUAUGGCAGAUGUGUAAGUCAUCAUCAGUAUUAAAUUGGCAUGUUAAUACGUCACAUUUAUGUUUUAUACGUUAUAUAAAAAAGUUUAUUUUCCAGACUUGAUGGCUGAGGCUUUCUUGUUUUCUUUACAGCGCCUUGCCCCCACUGCUGGACUCUGAUGAGGUAGGUCACCUGGUUUUUAACCUGGGAUGUAAGCCCACUACAACAGCAUGGUUAGAUUAAACUUUCAGGUCCUUCAGGGUGAAAAAAAUCAAAACAUAAACUGAGGGUGAAGCUGCUUGGUUGGAAAGGAUUCAUGGCUCUUACACCAACAUGGCUGCAGACAAAAAUUGAAUCAUAUAUGUCAAUCAUGAGGAUGCAGAAUAGAGAGGUUAUUUUUGCAGAUGAACGUUACAAAAGCUGAGUUUUUUUUUUCAAUUUGUUCAUAAACCUCUCUUACUUUUUCUCAAAUGAAAUGUGAAACCUUUACUCAUUUUUCUGACAUAAAAACAAAGAAAAGGAAAAGACACAGCAAUAGAAAACUUGAAAAGGGUCAUACGUGCAUAAUCUCACACAAAUCCUGACUGUUGCAUACCUGUAUGUACUUAGUCUGAACAGUGGAUGGCAGCAUACAAUCUGCAGAGAGCAGCUGUUGCUACGGUUACAUCAUACUGUUGUUUAUCCUCCCCUCUGUUGUCAUGGCGAGCAGAACAGAGUGAUGGCGAUGUGUUUACAUGUGGAGAAAGCAUUGAUCAGUGAUCUGAUGGAGACCAUAAACAAAUGCGCAAUCAGAAAAAAGAGGGACUGAGCUGGUCGUCAUGUCCUCUGGUGACUCUAUGCUUGGACCAUUUCACAAAUUAUUCACACUUUCAUCUCCAAGCUGAACCUUCAGAGGGAAUCCAGUAAUCGUCAAAGUGCCUCUUAUGUAAAAUCAAUUUCUUACGUAAGCUGCUGUGUGAACAAGAAAGGACGUGAAUCCAUAGAACUUGUGUGUACAGCCUCCAUGGGUUGUCUGAGACUGAGAAGAGUCAAAGAGGACAAAGGAGCAGAGAUUGAUGGCUUUGAUUGGUCGAGACUGAAACCCUGCUUCCUCCAGGUCAGUGGGGACACUGUUAGAAGAAUCUGAAGGCUGUAGCACGUUUAUAUUUUCUGUACAUCAGACUAAGACCUGCAAAAUUAAACAAAUGAUUGAAUAAACAUCAGACAGAGUCAAAGGUAAAUUACCUGCAAUAACUCACUUUUCUGCAAACAACUUUAACCUAAUCUCUUUAGAGGCAGUAAAUUCAAAGCAGCUCGUUCAUUAAAGAUAUGAAGUACUGCAGUGCGUAGACAUCAAUUAAUGAUUCAUGACAAGCAAACUGUGGGAUCAGAUGUAAAAUAAACACAUUUCAAAAAGUAAUAAGUAAGAAAGCUGAGUGUAAAGAGAUCUGUCUCAAAGGGGAAGAUAAGAUUAAAUUCAUUGAACCACAAUAUAGAAACCCUGUCUUCGGCUGUCCGUCUAAGCUAAAAAAUAACUUGCAACAUGAUACAACAAAUGUUAAAAUGUCGGGCCAUGCAGUGCACAUACCUAAACCGUCCUCACAUACAUGAUCGUGUACAAAUAAAUGUCAGUGCAAGUCAGCAGCUCUAAAACAGAGGUGCACCCUUUUAAAGGUGAAACAGACAGAAAUGAAUAUCUGAGUGUGUUUAGUCUUCAAUAUGGACCGCUAAACCUCUAACCAGCAUCAAAUUUUGGUUGAGUUUAGCGGUCAAAUAGAAAAAAAAAUGAAUACACUGCAUGAGAACAGAGGCACAACAGGAUAUAUAAAAGUUCGCUGAUGAUGAUUUCAUUUUGAGGGGCAAGACCACAGAGAGACUCAUAAACCAGCAGAGACUCUGAAUUCAGCUUCAGUUUUGUAGGAAUGUUCAGUCUGCUCUAAGGUGCUCAUAUUUCUUCAGGACUCUUGCAGCUACAUUUUAAAUAUGUUGAAGUUACCAAACAGUUUGUUUUUAAAGUUCUUUGAACAGACUGAGUAAUCUGAUCUGCUGUAAACAAAGUUUGGAUAAGCUUUUCAAGAUUCUGCUCUGAUACUCCUUCUCUGACUCUGGCAAAUUUACAUAAAAAUGGUUAAAGUCAGAAAAGGUUCUGGUUUGAAAUGGGUCUGGAAAAUUAAAUCUGAGUCUCCAACAAAUCUGAGUCAGUCUGUAUAGAAAUAUAAAACCUAGAAAACCUUUAGUGGAGUAAUUGGAGGAAAAUUUGACCUGAACUCACAAAUUAAACCUAUUAUAACAAAUAAUGCAAUCCUCUUCAGUUAGGCUGGGAUUAUAGAGACAUUACCAAACACUACCGCUAACAGAUUUCCCAAGUUUUUCCACCUCAUCUAGCUCCAUUUACUGUGAGCUUUGUUGUGCAAUCAGACUUUUAUUUUCUUUUAUCUAAUCUCAUUUCAUCCGGGAUUGAAAUAUCAGAGAGAUUAAGAAAGUGAGGUAUGACGGCUGUGACGCGGUUUCAGAAGUAAAUCAGACACUUAAGAAUAAAAACACAAGAUCAGAAUUAAAAGGAAACAUUCAGAAAAGCAAACUUCUUUUUCCAAAACUCAAACAGCCAAACAAAGUUCUCCAAACUACAGUAAAUGAAACAGUUUGUCAGCUGUUUGCUGCAAAAAGGAGACGUUUUCCUGACAUUGAUUUCUCUGUUUGGACUUUAGGAGUUGUUGCUAAGAGUGAAUUUUGGAGCUCAGACAGAAAUUUUUUAAACUUUGAUCUGGAGAGUUCGAAACAGACCAGGAACAAAGGACACCACAGCAGUUAUUGUUGGAAAAAGGUGAUUCAGUCCACCUAAACAGCAAAGAGAGGGAAUGUAAGGAGUUGAAUCUAUCCCAGCGGGUUUAGUGGAGACAGUAAAGGGCCUGUCCAUAAAACUGUGUUGAGUUAGUCGUUAAGAGGUAGUUCAGGCAAAAUCAGUGCUUUUCUUACUCAUUAUCCCUCAUCUCAUUAAAUUUUAAUCUGUGCAUCUAAAGCAGAGUUUGCCCUUCAACGUUUUGAUGAUUAAAGGAGGAAAAUAAAAGAUCUCCUUGACAUUUAAACCGAGGCCAGCCUUUCUUUUGAAGCCGUAUAUUAUCCCUUGGGUCUGUCAUCAAUCUUCCAAAGAAGCUAAAUUACAGUAUUGGACCAAAAACUCCCCGUUAGCCCUCCCACAGGCCGGACUUCUUCUCUAAACUGGAGAAAUUGGCUUCUUCAUGUCGGCGGUGAUCUCUUCUGUCACUCGCCCGUAUGUGGCCUCAUCCAUCAUGUCUGUAACAAAAGAAAUCCUCUUAACAACGUUGACCUACUAACUGAGGGGGUACAGGAUGGGGGGGGGGCUGGACCGGGAUGGGAAGAGUAGAGGAUGGAGGAUGAUUCAGCAUCUGAAACAGUGGAGUGUCACAUCCAUGAAAAAGUCUGAGAUGACUGAAUAAGGAGGGAGGAGGACAGAGGAACAUGAAGAUACCUUAAAAAGGAAAUCUGCUUAUUUAGACAACUCUAUCUUUGUACAUUUAUUCUGCUCUAAAUAACUUAGUGGUGAGAAGGUAAAACUGUUCAUAGUGUCUCUAAAGUAAUCCUUAGUGAUAGGUCCAGCUCCAAGUAUGUGCCCUCUGUUAAGGGAGGGGUUUGCACAUCCACUUAUCACACAGUUGUAGGUGUUUUAGAAGAUCCUACACUCUACACUUGUUCAGCUCCUCCAUACUUGAGUCCCAAAGCUAUCAUUCAGUCUCCUCUCUCCUCCGUUCUCAGCCAAACUGGGAGUAGUUACAGAUCCUCCAUGUUAAGCGCUAUUCCCUUACGGUGGCCGGGAGGAGAGAGGAGGGAAAUCAGAGGAGAGAACCCCAUGUAAUGCACUGGGAAGGAAAGGACACCUCAUUUACUCUCCGUUUCUUCCACCAUCAAAUGCUAUGUAAUCUCAUUGUUCACAAUUUUGGGGAUAAAGUUAGUAGGUUAAAUAUCCAGUAUUCAAUGCCCUGGAACCUGCAUGAUGAAAUAUCAUCUUCAAAGUCACUGAAAUGCACUGCUAAGGACUCAUCCCUAUCAUAAAGUACUUCCUCAUAAAGCUGUUAAGCUCCCUCAUCCUUUGUUUUAGUGGACCAACAAAGGAUAAUCCACAGAGCAUUUAAUCACAUAAAUGACAUCAGAAGAGGGCUGUGUGAUUACAUCAUUGACCAGGUACUUGAAAAGGUCUAACUUCACCUUUUCAGUCCUUCACCUAAAAGCUCAACCCUUUCCAGUAGAAUCAAGCUGAAGACGUCUGGUUUUAGGGCGCCUUUGGCUGUGUGAGUGUGCUUGUGGCAGUGAUGUCAGAUAAGUAAAUGAAUUUGACCAUAAACACUCUGAAAUUAAAAUCAUCAAUAAUCAAACCUUUCUCACUCCUAAAUAUUGUUCCCUCAAGCCCUCAGUUCCCUCAAGAGGUACAGUUCCGUUUUCAAUAUUUAGAAACUCUAAACUACCAGACGCGCGUAAAGCGUGUGCACACAAGUUUCCACGUGUAAAAGUUGUGAAUAAACGUUUCCUUUGGACAUGAUUAUUUUCAAGACUGGAAGAUAAUUUUCUUGUGGAUGUUGGGCUGCCCUCGAUUGAAUGCUACCAACAAGAUAAUUAGUGAAGAGAACCCUAAACCUUCACAAAAUUCAUGGACACGUGUGCCAACAUUUCUGUAAGCACUGCACUUCUAAGCUGUGCUAAAAACCCUCUGUGAACUGGCUUUCAAUCACAGUUGUCCUCCUAAUGAUCCAACGGUUCUAGAGAUAUUAGAAACAAUGUGACUUUCCAGGAAAUUAAGAUUAAGGGCACUGCCAGCAUAAAAAGAGGCCAUUAGUGGACACAGGCCCUUACUGAAAGGAGAGCUGAUUGUUGUUGGGUUUUUUUUAUUAUUAUUAAAUGAGGUCUUUAGCUUUAGCAAAGAAUGUCACUCCAUGUCAUUUAAUAAAACGCUAAAGAUCUGAGCCGUUAAUUUGAAAAACUUGAAUGAUCAGAGCACCAAAAUAUUGGAAAAAGGGCCAGGUUUACUAGAAUAAAGAAAAAGACAUACUUUAUAGAAAAGUUCUCCUUAUGACACUAUCUGUCUGUUGCAGGAAACCAUGACGACUAAAUUCGAGAUGUCCAAGAUGGAGUGA